AUGUGCUACAAAAAGAUUCUCCAACCUGUUAUUCCACCGCCAAAGUUACCGGCGGCAGAAGUGACGGUGACGACGGAGGUGGUAGCCACCGCGAGUGUCCGCGACGAUGGCGGUGAAAAGAAGGUGUGUGUGUGUUCACCGUCGAAGCAUCCAAGAUCGUUCAAGUGUAGGUAUCAUCAUCAUGAAUAUCAAUGGCUUCCUUCUUCUUCUUCUUCGUCCUCUUCGUCUUCUUCUUCUUCCCUCCAAAAAUGACAUAUCCAUAUGUAAUCUAUAACUAUAGUUAUAUAUUCAUGGGUAUUAGUUAAUUUAAUAAAAGUAUAAAUCGUGCAUGUUGUGAUUUUUAUUUAUAAUCAAUAACCAUAGUUUAUAUUCAUGGCUAUUUGUUAAUUCAAUCAAGGAAUAAAUCGUGCAUUCUGUGA